AUGGCAGAAGCACUGCUAACUGCUCUCUCGAAAAUUGGUACCGUUUUAGGAGAUGAAGUCAUCAAAUUCGUCAUCGCUGAAGCAUCUAAAAAGGCAACUAAUCUGAGGGAGCUACCAGAAAAUAUAAGGCACAUUGAGAGAGAAUUGAAUAUGAUGAGAAAUGUAAUACAAGAUUUGGAUACCACAAAUCUCAGCAUCACUGUGGUCAAGGGAUGGAUUGGGGAGCUGAGAAAGGUGGCCUUCCAUGUGGAAGAUGUAAUGGAUAAAUACUCAUAUCACGCUUUUAAGCUGCAGGAAGAAGGAUCGUUGAUGUGGUUCAUCAAAGGAGCACAAAAUGCCAAAAUUUUCAGUGAUAUUGCUGAUGAGGUGGUUCGUAUAAAGGGUGAGAUUGAGCAAGUAAAACAACUGCAGAAGGACUAUUUCCCUGCUCUCCAAGUUCCAGCAAGCCCUGUAAUUGUUCGACAAGGAUCCCAAACCUUCUUGCCAGAGCUUAUUCAAGAUGAAGAUCUCGUGGGAAUUGCAUUGAAUCAGGCAAAGUUGAUUGGAUGGCUUCAUAGCAAUGAGCCAAACAACAAAGUGAUAACGGUGUCGGGUAUGGGUGGAUUGGGAAAGACCACUCUGGUCAUGAAUGUUUAUGAGCAUAUGAAGAGCGAGUUCCCUGUCAAUGCCCGGAUCACUGUGUCACAGACCUACACAAUAGUUGGUUUGCUGAGAGAACUACUCAGAGAGAUUGGGAAGGACACAUAUAAGCCAUCAGAUAGCAUCGAAAGUAUGGAUGCCUACAAGCUGAGAGAAGAAAUUAAGAAUGUCCUAGGUACCAGAAAAUGUUUGUUUGUCUUGGAUGAUGUUUGGAACAUGGAAGUGUACCAUCAAAUGAUGGAAGACAUUUUCAAUACUCUUCGAGCAAGCUGUGUCAUCAUCACAACACGGAGAGAAGACGUUGCAUCUCUUGCAUCUUCAGGAUGCCAUCUUCAGCUCCAGCCUUUGGGACGUUCCCAUGCACUCGACCUCUUCUGUAGAAGAGCCUUUAAAAACACGGCUGAGUGUCCCCAAGAGCUUGAGGAUGUGGCUGCUUCCAUAGUAGAAAGGUGUAAGGGCUUGCCAUUGGCACUUAUAUCUAUGGGCAGCCUCAUGUCCUCCAAGAAACCAACUAAACAUGCCUGGAAUCAAAUGUACAAUCAGUUCCGGGUUGAGCUAGCUAAACCAGACAAUGUGCAGGCAAUUUUGAAGCUUAGCUACAAUGAUUUACCAGGGAACCUCAGAAAUUGUUUCCUGUACUGCAGCCUAUUUCCAGAAGAUUGCAUCAUGUCGAGAGAGAGCCUUGUCAGGAAUUUGUUGCAAGUUGAAGAGUAUGAUGAGCUUGGUAGGGUGAACACAUGUAAGAUGCAUGACAUUGUGCGUGACCUGGCUCUUUCAAUAGCUAGAGAUGAAAAGUUUGGCUCUGCAAGCGAUCAGGCUGCAGUGAUAAAUAUGGACCGGGAAGUGCGCCGACUAUCAUUGUGUGGAUGGAAUGGAAGUGAUGCACCAAGAGUGAAAUUUCCACACCUUCGCACUGUAUUUUCACUUGAUGGUGUUACAUCCGCUCACAUGCUAGCCUCAAUCUUUUCUGAGUCAAGCUACCUUACUGUUCUUGAGCUACAAGAUUCUGAGAUAACCGAAGUGCCACAAUCUAUAGGGAAUCUGUUUAAUCUACGUUACAUUGGCUUGCGGCGCACAGGAGUCAAGUCGCUCCCGGAGUGUAUUGAGAAGCUAUCCAACCUACAGACACUGGACAUCAAGCAAACAAAAAUAGAGAAGCUACCAAGAGGCAUAGUCAAGGUCAAGAAGCUGCGGCAUCUGUUAGCUGACAGAGUGGGGGAUGAGAAGCAGAAAGAUUUCCGGUACUUCACAGGGGUACAGCCACCCAAGGACCUCUCUAACUUGGUGGAACUUCAGACUCUGGAGACUGUGGAAGCAACAAAUGACUUGGCAGGCCAACUGGACAACCUCAGAAAACUAAAAAGCGUGUGGGUUUGCAAAGUUACUGCCAUCCAUUCUGCAGAUCUUUUUCCUGCAGUAUCUAAGCUGCCACUUCUUGCCUGUUUGCUUCUUAAUGCAAGUGAUGAGGACCAGACACUGCACUUGGAAACUCUCAACCCACAGUCCAAGCAGUUCCACAGGUUGAUCGUCAGGGGCCGCUGGGCUGCCGGAACACUGCAGUGCCCAAUAUUUCAAGGCCAUGGGAAAAACCUAAAGUAUCUAGCUCUAAGCUGGUCUGGUCUUCAGGAAGACCCGCUACUGCUUAUUGCUCCACAUGUACCAAACCUCACCUAUCUGAGUCUUAACAGGGUGAGCAGCACAGAGACAAUGGUUAUUUCUGAAGGGUCCUUUCCACAGCUAAAGACACUAAUACUGAAGAACAUGUUCAAUGUCAAGCAGUUGACAGUUGGGAAGGAUGCUCUUCCAAAUAUUGAAGGUUUAUAUAUUGUGGCGCUGCCGAAACUGAAUAAGGUUCCUCAAGGAUUUGAAUCCCUUGUGUCUUUAAGGAAGCUGUGGUUACUGUCUCUGCAUAAGGAUUUCAAAAUCCUGUGGAAGCUAAGUAGAAUGCGCCAAAAGAUGCCAGAAGUGGUGGAGGUUCGCGUCGAGUGA